CUCACGCCAGGGUGGGCCGACAGACUUCGGCUGUUGCAUUGCACGCGGAAUCCGGUCCAUCGAAUCAAACCGAAGAAAGAUAUGUCCUCCCUUUCUUUCCUGCAACCGGUCCCUCUCACCUCACACCGUCACCAUUAAUGGCGUAAAAUAAACGAUUUAAACCCGAAAACACUAACCUACGCACGAUGGCGCUUUUCACCAUGUCCUUACUUAAGCCGUCCCUCAUUCUCUCCUCCAUACGCGGAAAGCCCCAAUACAUUAACAGCAAAUCGUGCGCGCCGGUUGUGCGCAGGAUAACGAGCAGAAGUACGGAUAUUGGUAUAAUCGGCCCGCGGGCUAUGGAGAGAAUGAAUGGUUCGGUGGUCCUGCGGAGGGAUACGAAUGCAAGUAAUAAUAGAAAGGGGGAGGGAAUGCCGGGAGAGGGUUUGAGGUUGGUAUCUUGCGCACGUCUUGGUGGUGCUCCAGCGACGGAGGAUAGAAAUUCGUGCAGAGGGUCGGAUGAGAGGAGAGAUCCUGCGUCUGAAGAUAUGGAUGGAGGAGGAGGAGGAGGAGAUGAGAGUAGGCUGCUGGCGUCGACACCGAGAUUGCUUACAUUGCCGACGAUCCUGACCCUUGGUCGUGUCGCGGCCGUCCCGCUCCUCGUUAGCACAUUUUACAUGAAUGGUUGGUGGGCGACAACAGCUACAACAAGUAUAUUUAUUGCGGCAGCGAUUACAGAUUGGCUUGAUGGAUACAUUGCUCGAAAGAUGCGGUUAAGCACAGCCUUUGGUGCAUUUUUGGAUCCUGUAGCCGAUAAGCUUAUGGUUGCUGCAACAUUGGUGUUAUUGUGUACCAGACCUUUUGAAGUUGCUGUAUUGGGGCAAGUACCAUGGCUACUGCCUAUACCUGCAAUUGCUAUCAUUGGCAGAGAGAUAACGAUGUCUGCAGUUAGAGAAUGGGCUGCGUCUCAGAAUAGUAAAGUUCUUGAGGCUGUAGCUGUUAAUAAUUUGGGGAAAUGGAAAACGGCGACACAAAUGACUGCACUAACUAUCCUCCUGGCUACCAGAGACAGCAGUCUAUCAGGGCCAGGCAUCCUACCUGCUUCUGGAGUAGUGUUGCUUUAUAUCUCUGCCGGGCUUGCUGUCUGGUCAUUGGCCGUUUACAUGAGAAAAAUAUGGAGAAUAUUGCUAAAGUAGUUCCAACCGUUAUAACGCCAGCUGCAUGGAUCAUCAUUGCUCAGGGAUUCUGCUUCGGGAUCUGGAUCUGUCUUUUAAGAUUUCAAGGGAUUGAUUUAUAGGGUAAAGAUGGGGAAUUUGCAGCUUCCCAGUCCCUUGUUUUGGUGCUUUGCAUGCUGAAUAGAAGCUGGGCUUCAAAUCAAGGUCAGCUCUCAGCUGCCAAUUUGCAACCGUUGUUGUGGCUUAGAAGCUGGUAUACCUGACAUUGCCAUGGGUUGUAUAUUAGUUAUAGAGGCAACUGUCUUAGAUGGAACAUAUCAUUUUUUAUAUAUAAAUAUAGUUUUGUUUCA